CAUGCUCUCUUAGCCGGAAAGCUAGAGAUUCAUUUGGAAAAAGUCGGAGAGAUGGAAAUAAAGGGUUCCGUUUCACAUAUGACCUAUCGUUUUAUCCUUCUUUGAUAUUUGAUGAACAACAAAGAUAAAAUGCUGCAUCAUGCGUGAUGAAGCCAAAUGUAGUGACACUGCUAUGGCUACUUUAUGUGAGCCGUAUAGUUUACUUUUUUUUUAAACAUCGAAUAAGAAUUAUAAAAAACGAACAUAAUCUAAAUUUACUAAAAUAAAAAAGUGUUCUAUAUCAAUUAGAACAUUUAUGAAGUCACAAAGUGAUAGUUUACGCUGAGGUUAGGCGUAAUGUAAAGAGAACGAAAUAUAGAGAACUUUGUCGAUCUUUAAGAGAAAAGAAUGCACGAAAGGAUUAAACUACUUCAACUCCGUGCUACAGAUAAUAUAUAAAAACAGAGGGAUUCUUUAGUUUCGUUUACAUUAUCACGAAUAGUUCUGAGACUGUUACUCCUCAUUGAUAUAAGCCAACAUGACUACUCCGAUCAGUACUGCCAUGGAUAGCUUAACUGCUGCUCUCAAGUCCAAUAUUAUUCCCAAUCAGGAGUAUCUAUUACAGGGAUCAGUGUUGGAUACCUCCGUAGAAGUACUGCUGCACAGACUUCGUGGUUUGUGUGACAAUGUUGAUCAUGGACCUGAGGGCUUCUACGACCAUGAGAUGUGUUUCAGCAUCCGUAGAAGUACUCCGCAGGAACAACCGCUAUUACUGCGAGUGCGACGUACUCUGGACGCGAGCAACGCGGACAUGCCAUGGCAGUUGAGAUACAUCGGUCAACCUGAACUAGGUGAUAAAUCUCGACCAACGAUUGUUCGCAGUAGCAUCGACAUCGCUACAAGUAAUACCGUAGUGGAGUUUCUUACCGAGUUGGGCUGCAAACUGGACUUCGAAUAUGUUACUCGUGGCUAUAUGUUUCGCAAAGGACGAAUGAAGAUCACCGUAUCAAAGAUCUUCAAAGUGAACCAGGGUAAGGUGCCAGAAGGCGUACCGGAAAUGAUUUCACAGAGUUAUUUAGUUGAGCUCAGCGUAUUGGCUCCCAGUGGACAGGAUGCCAUAGCAGAGGACAUGAGGAUAUUUGCAGAACAACUACGACCUUUGGUGCAAUUGGAGAAAAUAGAUUAUAAGAGAUUAGUUCAUUAAUUAUGAGAUUUUUUUAUCGCAAAACUCAUUCUUAUGUAAGGCAUUGUGUAUAAUGCGUCGAAUAAUAUUCAUCGGUAGCAAUUUUCUAAAAAGAUAGAAAAAAUUUUUCGUAUAUUUGAACAAAAAAAGUAAAAAAGGCUAUAAACCGCACAAAUUUAUUGCUAAAUUAUAGCAUAAUUAUAAAUGAGAAGGAAAUUUUCAAAAUACGUUUUAUCCAAAAUUUGUAAUUUUCAGAA